UUCUCUCUCUUUCUUUCUCUCUCCUCUGUCAUCACUCACUGUGACUGUAAACACUUGUUUUUUCUCAGCAAAAAAUCCUCACUCGGUCUUAAUCGAAAGUGAUAGGCCACAAAAGAGGCCCUUUGGUUUUUCAUUUCAUUUCAUUUCUUUCUCUCUGCCUUCAUGGCGAUCUCGAACAACGUGUCACUCGUGCAGGUUAAUUCCAAUUGGGUCAUGUUUUUGGGUCAUCGGGGUUUUGCUUCAAUUUUGCAAAACUGAACUAAAAAACAAAACUUUUUACUUGCUUCUCUUCUUCUACUUUCGGGGGUUGUUUUUUUUUUCUUUUUCUUUUUUUUUUUUGCUGAAUUUGUUUGGGGAAGUUGUGGAGGUUUUGUUUGAUUUUUGUUUUUGAAGUUGGUGUUGUUGGUUUUGUUGAGUAUGGAGUGCAUUGGUUAGGUAGAGGAAAAAUGAUUAUGGAAUGGAAAUUGCAAUGGCUUGAAGCAAAUUGAAGUUUAUGGCUUUAAGCUAGGGUUUCAUUUUCAUUUCAUGUGUUUUUUUGUUAUUGCUAAAUUUAUACUACUGUUGUCUUUGAAUGAAAGAGAAAUAAAGGAAAAGGGUAAAGCUUUGAUGAUAUGAAGCUUUCAACAUCAGGGUUGGGUCAACAGGGACAUGAAGGAGGAGGAGGGGAGAAGAAGUGUCUGAAUUCUGAGCUAUGGCAUGCAUGUGCUGGGCCCUUAGUGUCCCUACCAACUGCAGGAACUCGUGUGGUUUACUUCCCUCAGGGUCAUAGUGAACAGGUAUCUGCCACAACUAACAGAGAAAUUGAUGGGCAUAUACCAAAUUAUCCUAGCUUGCCACCUCAGUUGGUUUGCCAACUUCACAAUGUGACAAUGCAUGCAGAUGUUGAAACAGAUGAAGUAUAUGCCCAAAUGACACUACAGCCGUUGACUCCGGACGAGCAGAAGGAUACGUUUCUUCCUAUGGAAUUAGGCAUUCCAAGUAAGCAGCCGUCAAACUAUUUUUGCAAGACUUUAACAGCCAGUGACACUAGCACACACGGAGGAUUCUCUGUUCCUCGUCGUGCGGCUGAGAAAGUGUUCCCUCCACUGGAUUUCUCGCAGCAACCACCAGCACAAGAACUGAUUGCUAGGGAUCUCCAUGACGUUGAAUGGAAGUUUCGACAUAUUUUUCGGGGACAGCCAAAACGGCACCUUCUUACAACAGGCUGGAGUAUAUUUGUUAGUGCCAAGAGACUCGUUGCUGGAGAUUCUGUCCUUUUCAUAUGGAAUGAGAAGAAUCAGCUUCUUUUGGGAAUACGUCGAGCCAAUCGACCGCAAACCGUAAUGCCAUCAUCAGUUCUUUCCAGUGACAGUAUGCACAUUGGACUUCUUGCAGCCGCUGCCCAUGCUGCAGCAACUAAUAGCUGUUUUACUGUCUUCUAUAAUCCAAGGGCUAGUCCGUCUGAGUUUGUCAUACCACUUUCAAAAUACAUCAAAGCCGUGUAUCAUACACGAAUUUCUGUUGGUAUGCGCUUCAGGAUGCUUUUCGAGACUGAAGAGUCAAGUGUCCGCAGGUACAUGGGUACAAUAACCGGCAUAAGUGAUCUGGAUGCUGUUCGGUGGCCGAACUCUCAUUGGCGCUCUGUCAAGGUUGGUUGGGAUGAAUCAACAGCAGGAGAGAGACAGCCACGGGUGUCAUUAUGGGAAAUUGAGCCUUUAACAACGUUCCCAAUGUAUCCUUCAUUGUUUCCCGUCAGAUUGAAGCGUCCAUGGCAUCCUGGCACCUCAUCUUUGCUUGAUGGAAGAGAUGAAGCAGGAAAUGGUCUAAUGUGGAUGAGAGGUGGACCUGCAGACCAAGGUCUCAAUUCCCUAAAUUUUCAAGGUGCUGCUGGUUUGUUGCCCUGGAUGCAGCAGAGACUAGAUCCAUCUUUGCUUGGAAAUGAUCAGAAUCAACAAUACCAAGCCAUGUUGGCAGCUGGAUUGCAGAACAUGGGUAGUGGAUAUAUCAUGAGGCCACAGAUGAUGAAUUUUCAGCAACAGCCUAUCCAUUAUCAUCUUCAAUCAGGAAACAAUAACUCGCCUUUGCAACUUCAGCAGCCACAAGCAGUUCAACACUCUGGGUCUUCUAAUAUGCUGCAGCCACAACAAGCUCAAUUACUUACAGAAAACCUGUCUCAGCACCUUCUUCAGAAACCAAAUAACAAUCAAGAAGUCCAAGCUCAACAGCAGCAGCAUCAUACUUAUCAAGAUACACUUCUGAUUCAAAAUGAUCAACUCCAUCAGAGACAACCCUCCAACGUGCCUUCACCGUCGUAUUCAAAACCAGAUUUUCUGGAUUCAAACAUGAAGUUCACUGCUUCAGUUCCCCCUGGACAAAACAUGCUUAGUUCACUUUGCUCUGAAGGAACUGGCAAUCUCUUGAAUCUAUCGAGUCUAUCUAGAGGCGGUCAGUCCUUGUUGACUGAACAGUUACCGCAACAAUCAUGGACACCAAAGUAUGCAGAUAUGCAGGUCAAUGCCUUUGGCAGCACAAUGUCACAUGCACAAUAUUCCGGAAAAGAUUCUGCAAUGGUGACUCCACAUUGUGAUUCAGAUGCCCAAAAUCGUACUCUCUCGGGUGUCAAUAUCGAUUCAUCUGGCCUUCUACUCCCCACCACUGUCCCGGGUUACACCACUUCAUCCGCUGACACUGAUGCAUCCACAAUGCAACUAGGGGAGUCUGGAUUCCAGGGCUCUCUAUACGCUUGCAUGCAAGAUUCGUCUUCGUUUUUGCACAAUGCGGGGCAAAUCGAUCCACAAAACCAGAACCCAACAUUUGUCAAGGUUUACAAAUUGGGUUCGGUUGGGCGCUCACUUGACAUCUCGCGAUUCAGCAGCUAUCGUGAACUGCGAGAGGAGUUGGGUCAGAUGUUUGGAAUUGAGGGGAAGUUAGAAGACCCUCUUAGAUCAGGCUGGCAGCUUGUGUUCGUCGACAGGGAGAAUGACGUGCUUCUCCUUGGCGACGAUCCGUGGGAAUCAUUCGUGAAUAACGUUUGGUAUAUCAAAAUACUUUCUCCUGAAGAUAUUCAGAAGAUGGGAGAACAAGCGGUAGAAACGCAUGCGCUAGGUUCAGGACAAAGGCUUAGCGACAGUGGUGCGGAUUCUCACCAUGUUGUUUCUGGACAACCACCAUCAAUUGGCUCACUUGAAUACUGAGAACGAGAUGAUUCCAAAAUGUAACCUUCAUGUUCCACGGUUAAGACAAUUUCUGUACGUGUAUUAUUUUCGGUCGAAUAUACUGUUGAUCUAUUCCACUUGUUGUCAUCUAUAUUAUUAAUGUCAGGAUUGAGAAGAAAAAAUACAUUUAUGAUAAAAAUUUAGGACAAGCUUUUGUGUCAAUCUGAACUUGGCAAAGUGAAAGCCAGAAUUAGUGCUGCUACUAUUUUAGCAUUUCAUUAACUUAUUGCAUGUACUUAUGUACUCUAGAGAAGACUUUAAGAUUAAGUUGUCUUUAUAUCCUACCUCCUUUAAGUACUCCAACUUCUACCUACUAUAUGAGUAAUAUGACUCUGCUGUCAUUAGAAUCGCAA